UCACCUAUAGUUUUUAAUGCAGCUAGAAGAAUAUAUAUCAUUACAAGCGUGGAGGCUGGAGUUUUAUAUCAUACCACUUGCUGUAUUGUGUACUAUAUUUUAUAUGAAGCUGAAAAGUAUCUUGGAGUAUCAAUAAGUCUGGGCUCUUAUUUUGUUGGCAUCUGUACCCUUGAUUUCUAUUAUAUUUUGUCAAUCCUUUGACAUUAAUAGACGUGGGUUUUUCUCUAAAUCUUGGUUGUUACUAGUCGACCUCGGCUGAUAUUUCUUUGUCAUUUAUAUCUCCUCUCAGAGGAAAAAAAAAUCAGAUCUUUUGGUGCUACAAGAAAGAGCUUCAUUCAAUCUAAGUACUGUAGCUGAUUAAGGGGGAGUAUAUUUCAAUUCCAUAAUAGUCAGCAUUAAAGAAGCAGAACAAAAACGGAGAUCCUGUAGUAUAGCCAUGGAAACAAGUGGACUGACUAAUUCCGAUAGGGAAAAUUCUACCGAAAUACUACUUCCACCGCUUAUCAAAUUCAUUUCAGAUGAAAUGGAUGACUUUGAUAGCAUAAUAGAGAAUGUCAGUAAUCAACUGGAUCAAGCUGGAUCUCACUUUCAGGAUUCAGCUGUCAGGGAAACUGAAGCUGCUACUGAACGACCACAUGAAAGGAAGCAUUCGGUUUCUAUUAGCAUGCCACCCUCUCCUUUGGCAGCUCACUUACCAAGCCAAAAAAGAGUUGUCUUCAGUGAUAAUAAUGAGAUUAUAUUCAGCAAUAUUGACACUUCUGAUUCUGCUACUACAUCAACCGAUGCUGGUACUAAUCAUAAUAAAAAGGUCAAGUUUUAUUCUCAGCCAAUGCCAAGAAGUACUGCAUCUCCUCAGGCUCCUGCUAUCGGGAAACUUCUCAGCUAUUCAGACUUUCCAUCAAAAAAUCCCAAGAUUAUUAAGCAAAGGGAUCCAAGGUUCGACUCUUUCAAAACAUGGUCUGGUAAACUUGAGAGACAAUUAACAAUGCGAGGAAAGAACCAGGAAGCACAGCAAGAGUCAAACUCUCGACCGACUGCAGAGAUAGAAAAUAUUCCUGUAGACCGAUACUUUGCUGCCUUGGAGGGACCAGAGUUGGAUACUCUACGGGCUUCUGAGAAAAGUAUUCUUCCAGAGGACAAGAAAUGGCCUUUCCUUCUUCGGUAUCCUAUUUCUUCCUUUGGAAUCUGUCUUGGUGUUAGUAGCCAAGCUAUUAUGUGGAAAGCUCUGGCCACUUCUCCCUCAACAACAUUCCUCCACGUAAGCUUGAACGUGAAUCUCGUCCUUUGGUGCAUAUCCGUGGCCCUUAUGGCCAUGGUUGCUUUCACUUAUGCUCUCAAAAUCAUUUUUUACUUUGAAGCAGUUCGUCGGGAGUACUAUCACCCGAUACGUGUUAACUUCUUCUUUGCUCCCUGGAUAGCACUUCUAUUCUUAGCACUAGGAGUUCCACCAUCAGUUACUAAAAACCUGCCCGAAGCUUUAUGGUACAUCCUUAUGACCCCAAUAUUUUGCUUAGAGCUUAAGAUAUACGGACAAUGGAUGUCUGGAGGACAACGAAGGCUCUCAAAGGUUGCUAAUCCCGUAAAUCAUCUCUCUGUUGUUGGAAAUUUUGUUGGCGCUUUGCUUGGUGCAUCCAUGGGACUAAAAGAAGGCCCGAUAUUCUUCUAUGCUGUUGGAUUGGCUCAUUAUGCUGUCCUAUUUGUGACACUUUACCAAAGACUUCCAACAAAUCAAACGCUGCCAAAGGAUCUUCAUCCGGUCUUCUUUCUAUUUGUUGCUGCACCUAGUGUUGCUUCUAUGGCAUGGGCAGCAAUCCAAGGGUCCUUUGAUUAUGGAUCUCGGAUUUCUUAUUUCAUCGCCCUGUUCCUUUAUUUCUCACUGGCUGUUCGUAUUAAUUUCUUCCGAGGCAUCAGGUUUUCAUUGACUUGGUGGGCGUAUACUUUUCCCAUGACCGGAGCUGCUAUUGCCACCAUCAGAUAUUCAGCCGUAGUUACCAACAUUGUGACAAAGUGUCUAGUCGUCAUACUUUGCUCAAUUUCUACACUCGCAGUAACCGCGCUCCUUGUGACAACCAUCAUCUAUGCCUUUGUUCUGAGAGACCUCUUUCCGAAUGACAUUUCAAUUGCAAUUAGUGAAAGAAGGCAUAAAACAACUGGAAUAUGGCAUCUUAGUAAAUUUGGCAGCUCAGAUCCAAAAGAUAUCGAGCAAUAUCUUAAAUAUGUAGAUUCUUCGGAUGGAAAAGAUAUUGAAGCUUCUCUUGCACAUCCAAACUCUAGUACCAUAGAGUUGAGCACCUCUGUCCCUAAUGAAGUCCAUCAACAGUGAUUUAAGCAGUUUCCGCUACCUUUUUGUAAAUUUCUUUUGAUUUUUAAUCAAGUGAGGAUCACCAAGAUUUUUGGCAGUUCCUGUGAACUUGAUAUAGAAAAAUGAAAGUGAAAGGUUCUUGUAAUGAGGUACAAACUCUAUGGAGAAGUAAAUUUUUCUAGUGUCUUUCCAAAUUUUAACAUGUUUUCAUUUUUAUUAACUGCUCGACAUGAUCGUUUCUAAUGUUAUGAAGAUUCUUCCA